GCAGAGGGGCGUUACAACCAAAAGAUCUAUGGGACAGAUUUGUAUCCAGGCUGUAGGGUACUUGUCCGCAAUUUCUCAGAAAGAGGAGGCCCAGGAAAACUUCGAUCCUUUUGGGAAGAUCAGGUCUAUGUAGUGACAGAAAGAAAGUACGACGGUGGUCCUGUCUAUGAGGUGAGGCCAGAACAGGGUGGUGGGCGAGCAAAAGUUCUCCACAGAAAUCUGCUACUGCCCUGUGACUUCCUCCCAGUUGAACAAAUCCAGCCUGAGCCACUGAGACCAGCGAAGAGCAAGUUUAAAAGACACGGGAACAAACAACAGGAGCAGCAGCGAGUUGAUCUGCAGAGUGCUUCGGAUGAAGAGGAGGAUUGGAGAGGCAUCCGCGGGCCCACAACAGAAGGAUAUGGGCAGCUGAGUGUCCAGCUGAGAACAGAAGCUGAGGAGUUUAGGCCACUGCCUGCUACCCAGGAACCUGAGGACAACACGGGACAAAUGGAGCAGCAUCAGGACGCGCAGGAGGAAGAUGGAGCAGAGCCGGAGGCUGUCCUUGAGGACAGGCAAGGAGAGGAGCUGGACCACAACAACGCAGAGCCCUCACCUACGGCAACCAGAAAGUAUCCUCCCAGAAACAGACAGCCAGCUAAGACACUUACAUAUGACUCUCUUGGACAGCCUAGUCUUAGCUUUAGACAGUAGUUAAGUUUGGAUUGAAGUUCAAUCAACCAGUUUGUGUUAUUUUCCAGUCUUAAAGCUUGUUGUUGUUUUUUUUUUUCAUAUUGAUUUAUUAGAACCACAAGACAUUCAGGAGUCAGCCUGUUAGUGUUUUAGUAUUGCAUGAUAACAUGUAGAGUUGGUUUUUUUGGGGUUAAUAACCUCUCAGGUGAGAUACACAGUUCCCGUAACCGAACGGUGAAGAGUAGCAGAUAUUCAUAGUGCACGAUGAUAUCAGCUAUGGACACAUUGCACUAAAAUGGGAGASAAAUGCGAUGUUGGACUACUGACUAAACAGGAUUGUGUCUCUGAUGAACACUGACUCCCACCGGCUGUCACUGUUACAUGCUUGCUUUUAACACGGGUUCUAGGUCCUGCAGAAUGUCGGGACGACAUUUAUUUUGGAGGGGAGAGUGUGGAGCACAAGCAAAUGCAGCAGCAGGAAAACAGGACACCCCUCUUAGUAUUCAAUAUUUUAUGUUAUGUAGCAGAGCACAGCACAAAAUGGUAUUUGCAUGUAGCUGCCAGACAGCAACUCAUGUAAUAGAGGCGCAGUAGGGAUUUUGAUCAGGCAGAUAUUAGGGCAACMCACCGCAUUCGGCACUGUCUUUGUUGAUGCCGACAGGGGUCCUUAUGUAUGGAGAGGACUGAAGCGGUGUGGAAAAUGCCACCAGCAGUCGAUUAAUGUGCCUUAUUUACU